AUGGCGCAUCGUCUGCUCAAGAAAGACCUGACGAAGGCUGCUGGCCAUGAUGUAAUGAUCGUUACUGACUUCUAUAAGCAGAUUCGACCACACAGCGGAGCCAGCGUUUUUAGCAAAGCCAAGAUCCGGGACAGAGUCCCUGGUCGAGGAGGUGCCGCGUCUGGUGGGAAAGGCUGGGACAGCGUCGAAUGCAAAAAACGGUCCCUUUUAUUACAGAUCCGUGCUUGCGUCCUCUUGGCUCUUGCCACCAGCGCCUUCGCCGGUUUCACCGGCUACGGUCUGGGCUACGGCUACGGCCACGGUCUUGGCUACAGUGGUCUUGGCUACGGCCUUGGCUACGGUGGUCUUGGCUAUGGUGGUCUUGGCUACGGUGGUCUUGGCUAUGGCGGUCUCGGCUACGGCUAUGGCCUCGGCUACGCCGGCUAUGCUCCAGCUGUGCACACUGUCGCCCACGCUGCCCCAGCUGUCACCACAGUCGCCCACGCCGCCCCAGCCGUCGCCACUUACGCCGCUGCCCCAGCUGUGAGCCGUGUUGCCACUUACGCUGCUGCCCCAGCUGUGACCCGUGUUGCCGCUUACCACGCUGCCCCAGCCGUUGCCACCUACGCUGCUGCUCCAGUUGUUGCCGCUGCUCCAGCCGUGACCAAGGUUGCUACCACCUACCACGCCCCAGCUGUCGCCGCCGUGGCCCACGCCCCAGUUGCCACUUACGCCACUGCUGUCCACGCCGCCCCAGCUGUCGCUACUGUUGCCCACGCCCCAGUCGCUACUUACGCCACUGCUGUCCACGCCGCCCCAGCUGUCGCUACUGUUGCCCACGCCCCAGUCGCUACUUACGCCACUGCUGUCCACGCCGCCCCAGCUGUUGCCACCGUUGCCCACGGUGCUCCAUUUGUCGGUGCCUACCACGCCGCCCCAGUCUACGGCUAUGGCGUUGGAACCCUCGGCUACGGCGCUGGCCACUACGGCUUCGGCCACGGUCUCCUCGGUUACGGUCUGAACUAUGGCUAUGGCCUUGGCUCUCCAUACCACUACGGCGCUCUUCUCCGCAAGAAGAAGUUGGGCCCGUUUGUCUUGGAGAUGGUGUUCCGGCACAAGGAAUACAUAGGACAGCGUCAAAUGCAAAAAAAACGGUCCCUUUUAUUACAGAUCCGUGCUUGCGUCCUCUUGGCUCUUGCCACCAGCGCCUUCGCCGGUUUCACCGGCUACGGUCUGGGCUACGGCUACGGCCACGGUCUUGGCUACAGUGGUCUUGGCUACGGCCUUGGCUACGGUGGUCUUGGCUAUGGUGGUCUUGGCUACAGUGGUCUUGGCUAUGGCGGUCUCGGCUACGGCUAUGGCCUCGGCUACGCCGGCUAUGCUCCAGCUGUGCACACUGUCGCCCACGCUGCCCCAGCUGUCACCACAGUCGCCCACGCCGCCCCAGCCGUCGCCACUUACGCCGCUGCCCCAGCUGUGAGCCGUGUUGCCACUUACGCUGCUGCCCCAGCUGUGACCCGUGUUGCCGCUUACCACGCUGCCCCAGCCGUUGCCACCUACGCUGCUGCUCCAGUUGUUGCCGCUGCUCCAGCCGUGACCAAGGUUGCUACCACCUACCACGCCCCAGCUGUCGCCGCCGUGGCCCACGCCCCAGUCGCCACUUACGCCACUGCUGUCCACGCCGCCCCAGCUGUUGCCACCGUUGCCCACGGUGCUCCAUUUGUCGGUGCCUACCACGCCGCCCCAGUCUACAACUAUGGCGUUGGAACCCUCGGCUACGGCGCUGGCCACUACGGCUUCGGCCACGGUCUCCUCGGUUACGGUCUGAACUAUGGCUAUGGCCUUGGCUCUCCAUACCACUACGGCGCUCUUCUCCGCAAGAAGAAGUAAAUGACUUCACCCGACAAGACUUGAAAGCACACAAGAGUAACGUUCAUGCCAGCGUUGCUCAUGGCGAAGAAAACUUACAAAUAAAGUAUUUUAUUACUGCUAAGUCA